AUGGUCGUAAGUGCGCCAGUGGGCUUCGAGCUCCUCGGCUGCUUCAACGUAUCGGCCACAUUCGAGCGCGAGGGGCAGCGCAUCGGGCAGCCCAAAAACCACGUGGCCGUCGUCAGCAUCCCGCGCAGCCGCGUUCCCGCCGGAGGCGGCCCGAUAAGCUUAUCCAGCCCCAGCCCCGGCUCUGGAGAUAGUAUCGAGGAUGCUGUUGACGGGGCGACGGUUGAUGAUGGCGGAGGCACGGCGAUGGCGCUGCUGUUCGUCGCGAAAGCGGGGUUCACGAAUGCCGUUGCGGCUGCGGGAACCGCGUUCGCCAUUAACGACAUGGGGAGGUUCCGAAUGAAAUUCAUUCACGAGGGGCCCGGCGGGAACACGCUGGUGCUGUGCAGCGUGAGUAACGGGCAGCUUCCGCAGGACGUGCGGCGCCUCGCGCAGUUCAUUUCUGAUAUCAAGAUCGGCAAGGCGCCCGGCAUGCCGCAUAAAUGCAUCGCGUGCGGCUUGAAGGAUAAGGCGGAGGUGGACAAGAAGCGCAAGCAGGAGGAGGCGGUGAAGGAGAGGGAGGUGAAGAGGCAGCGCAUGGAGGAGGAAAAGAAGGUCAAAGACGAGCAGAAGAAGCGCGAAAAGGAGGAGCGGGAGGCGCGGCAGAAGCAGGAACGCGCGAUGAAAGAAUUACAUAAGAAACUCAAGGAGGUGGAGAAAGACAGAGACGACAUGGAUCGAAUACGCGAGUCGCUCGGAAAGGAGCUGAAAGAGCGAGGCGAUAUCAUCCGAGACCUGCAGGAGAAGCUGAAGGAGAAAGCGGCGGCUGCCGCAAAGGAGGCGGAGAAGCGACGCGAGGAGGAGUCGCGACGCGCGCGGGAAGAGAGCGCGGCGAGAGACGCGGCGUGGAGGAUGAAGGAGGCGGAGAUACGGCGGGCGAUGGAAGAGGAAUUCCGCGUGAAGCGGGAGGAGGAGCAGCGCGUGCGGCACGCGGCGGACAUGCAGCGGUGGGCGCGGGAGCAGCAGAAGGCGAAGGAGGCGGAGGAGCUGCGGCGGAAGCUGCAGGAGGAGGAGGGGAAGCGGAUGUUCGAGGCCAUGUCGCACCGGGAGGAGAUGGCGAAGAUGAAAGCGGACGUGGAACGCAUGCAGCAGCACUACCAGCAGCAGUACCAGCAGGGGCAAAACCAGCAGCAGGACGGCUUUGGUCCCCCGCCUCCGCCUCCCCCGAAGGAUGCCCCCGCGGAGGUACUCUCGCGGUACAGCACCCUGCUGCGCGAGCGCGAGACGCGCAUGCGCGCGGCGUUCGCGGCGGCGGCGGCGGAAAUUCGGCGCGCGGAGGGGGAGCUGCGGAAGAAGCGCACGGAGGAGGAGCGGCGGCGGAAGGCGGAGGAGGCGAGACGGGGCAAGGCGGAGAGCGCCAGGCAGAAGCGGGAGGAGGCGAUGAACGCGGAGAGGAUGAGGGAGGAGGAGGAGAGGAAGCGUGCGCAGGCGGAGGAGAUGAGGAAGCGGGAGGAGGAGCGGAAGCGGAUGGAGGAGGCGGAGAAGGCGAGGAGGGCGCAGGAGGAGGUGCGGCGGAAGGCCAUGGCGGAGGAGAGUGCACUAGCUGCGAAGCAGAAGUGGCUGGAGGAUCAAUACCGCAUGCGACAAGCAGGUGAGGGUGAGGGGGGUGGUGGCGGGAGAGAGGGGAAGGGAGGGAGGCAGGUGAGGGUGAGAGGAGAGAAGCCGGAAGAGAAACGCGAGAGGGAGGUGAGGGCGAGGAGACCACAUGGGGCAAGCAGCCACACCUGCGUGGUUCCACCCCCUCAUUCAACCACGCCCAUGACCUACGAGCAAUACGAGAACCGGCUGAGACAAAUCAAGAACUCAGCCGGCAGUGCCAACGUGCCUCUGCACUUCUGGGACAUCCCCUGGCCGCCCGAGGGCAACUGCCUCUUCCUCUCGCCCACCGACGAGCCUGGGCUCAAGAAGAGGAAGUUCAAGGAUGCGCUGCUCUUCUGGCAUGCUGAUAAGUUUGUGGCUUUCUGCGGGUCAAGGCUUGUAGAGGAUCACAAGGAGGUGAUUCUGAAAAAGGUUGCCCGGUUGAGUCAAGAGGUCGUGGAGGCAAGGAAUAACUUGUAA